AUGACGGGCGGAAGGUUCGACUUCGACGAUGGCGGCACCUACUGCGGCGGCUGGGAGGAGGGCAAGGCGCACGGGCAUGGCAUCUGCACGGGGCCCAAGGGCCAGGGCGAGUACUCGGGCUCCUGGUCGCACGGCUUCGAGGUGGCUGGAGGCUACACCUGGCCCAGCGGCAACACCUACCAGGGCUACUGGGCGCAGGGCAAGCGGCACGGGCUGGGGGUGGAGACGAAGGGCAAGUGGAUGUACCGGGGGGAGUGGUCACAUGGUUUCAAGGGGCGCUACGGGGUCCGGCAGAGCCUGUGCACCCCCGCUCGCUACGAGGGUACCUGGAGUAACGGGCUGCAGGACGGGUACGGCGUGGAGACCUACGGGGACGGAGGUACUUACCAGGGCCAAUGGGCCGGCGGCAUGCGGCAUGGCUACGGCGUGCGCCAGAGCGUGCCCUACGGCAUGGCCACCGUGAUCCGCUCGCCGCUGCGCACGUCCAUGGCCUCGCUGCGCAGCGAGCAGAGCAAUGGCAGCGUGCUCCACGAUGCCGCGGCCGCUGCCGACAGCCCCGCCGGCACCCGCGGCGGCUUCGUGCUCAACUUCCACGCCGACGCGGAGCUCGCGGGCAAGAAGAAGGGCGGCCUCUUCCGAAGGGGCUCCCUUCUCGGAAGCAUGAAACUUCGCAAGUCCGAAUCCAAGUCUUCCAUCUCCAGCAAACGCAGCUCGGUCCGCAGCGACGCGGCCAUGAGCAGAAUUAGUUCCAGCGAUGCCAACUCUACGAUCAGCUUCGGCGACGUAGAUUGUGAUUUUUGCCCGGUGGAAGACCACGUCGAUGCCACCACCACGGAAACCUACAUGGGCGAGUGGAAGAACGACAAGCGAAAUGGUUUUGGCGUUAGCGAGCGCUCCAACGGCAUGAAAUAUGAAGGAGAGUGGGCAAAUAACAAGAGGCAUGGAUAUGGCUGCACCGUGUUUCCCGACGGCUCCAAAGAAGAGGGGAAAUACAAAAAUAAUAUUCUGGUCCGUGGAAUAAGGAAGCAGCUUAUACCAAUAAGAAAUACAAAAACUAGGGAGAAGGUGGACCGAGCAAUUGAAGGCGCGCAAAGGGCAGCUGCCAUGGCGAGAACCAAAGUGGAAAUAGCAAAUUCAAGGACCGCACACGCACGAGCGAAAGCUGACGCCGCUGACCAGGCAGCUCAGGCUGCCCGCCAGGAGUGUGACAUCGCAAGAGCUGUGGCCAGGGAGCUGUCGCCGGACUUCUACCAACCAGGCCCAGAUUAUAUCAAACAGAGAUUUCAGGAAGGUGUAGAUGCUAAAGAAAAUCCAGAAGAAAAAGUACCAGAAAAGCCACCUACACCAAAGGAAUCUCCUCAUUUUUAUCGCAAAGGCACGACACCCCCCAGGUCUCCUGAAGCAAGUCCCAAACAAAGCCACUCUCCCCAGCCCUCCUCCCCGAAACCCACGAAGAAGCAGAACCCUAGCUCAGGGGCAAGACUCAACCAAGACAAACGGAGUGUGGCUGAUGAGCAGGUGACAGCCAUCAUCAACAAGCCUUUGAUGUCAAAGCCUCCCACAAAGGAGGUGGGAGCCAUGGUGCCCCUUUCCAAGUACUCUGGCCGCCACCACAUCCCUAACCCCAGUAACGGGGAGCUGCAUUCUCAGUACCACGGCUACUACGUGAAACUGAACGCCCCCCAGCACCCCCCGGAAGACGUGGAGGAAGAUGAAGGAUCGAGCCAGUCUUCCUCAGCGCUGGUGCACAAGCCAUCACCCAACAAGUGGAGUCCCCCUAAAUCUGUGACAAAACCAGUUGCCAAAGAAAGCAAAGCUGAGCCAAAAGCUAAGAAGUCUGAACUUGCUAUACCAAAGAAUCCAGCAAGCAACGAUUCAUGCCCUUCUUUGGAAAAAGAAGCCAAUUCGGGCCCUAAUUCAGUCAUGAUUGUCCUUGUCAUGCUGUUGAAUAUCGGGUUGGCCACUUUUUGUUCACUUUCUAACUUGAUUGGAAUUAGGAAAGAAGUGCAAUAUAUUGAGAAUCCUGGGUGUGACCGAUAUGGAAUAAAGAAGAAAGCAGAAAGAGAGCAAAUGAAAAUUACAACUUGUAUAUUUAUUUAUUUUUUACAUUUUGCUUUGACUUUUAAAUUUAGGAAGUACGUUUUUUUAGCCAAGAAACGUUUCAGCUCCUGUGUCAGUCUCCGUACACUCACUGCGCCUUCCUAA